AAGGAGUCUAAUGAGGAAUUAAUAAAUGUAAUUGGCAGGCGUGAGCAUGAGCACAAGGUCUCUUGCGAACCCUUACAACAGCCGGUUAUUGGCCAACUGAAUGAUGAAAAUUCCCAUUUAAAUGUUACACACCAGCAGAGUCAACAGUCAGCACUUUUCUCUCCACCACAUGCUCGGCAUACCAAUUUAAACUUACGCUGUGCUGAAGGUGCGUGGCCACAGCUUUCUUCAAAGGGACAUAGUAGGAGGAUUUCCUCCCAGCGUCAGAUUUACCUACUGGGUCCCUCACCAAAACACUUGUACUAUCCUAUACGUUUGGCAUCGGAUCUAGGCUCCAACGAGGAAAGCAUCAAUACGGAGGCUGAAAUAUGCCACGCCGUGGAAGCAGGCUUGGUGGAUGGCUCAGUUGGCUCCCUCGAUAAUGAAUCAAAAUGGGAAGAAUAUAAAUCAAAAAUGGAUGGCCAUAUAGAAAGGAGGUCAAAUAGCAUAAAGGAGAAGCAAGUUAUUGAGAUAACUGAUUCAGGUGGAAGCCAUGAACUUCUUGAAGCAAAAAGCUCGGAGCUAGAAAAUAAGAAUAUCAUUGAUAAGAUAGAGAACAAAGAGUCUGAUAAAGAUGGUAUUGGGCCGAGUUUAAUAAUCCAAACUAGUGUAUCGGGCAGGCCAAAUGCUACUGUAUUAGCAUCAUUAGGAGGCUUAGUAAAAGUGCGUCAUAAUGGAUUUCCUGUGGAAGCAAAUCACAAGGAAAAAAAAAGGUAA